AUGGUGGUAGGAAAAUUAUAUCUUCCUGAUUUUAUAAAGGCCUUUGGGCAUUUUUGUAUACAUGCUGGAGGAAGGACAGUCAUCGAUGCAAUUGAGGAAAAACUUGGCCUAAGCAAGGAAGAUGGAGAAUCAUCCAGGAAGACUUUACACAGGUUCGGUCUUUUUCAGUCUGUUAUGAGUUAUGCUAUUUGGAGGCUUAAAGUUUGGAAAUGCAUCUCAGAAUUUAACCCAAAAGUAAGAAACGCCGGGUCUGAUCGGGUUCAUGUGUACCCUGUGAAGAUUGCAAACUUUGCUGUUCAUUGA